ACCCCAUAUUGAAACCUGCAUCCUCCAAAGGAGACCUCGACAGAGUCCUGAAUGAGUGGCUUAGACAAAGAACAAGGAGGAGGAGAGCAGGGACGCAAGUGGGCAUGGUGGCAGACAUCAAGGAGCCAAUAGAAACCUAUCUUGAAUUCUCUGUAGACAUUGGAGGCCAAUAAGAGCUGCCCUGAACUUUGUUGAACACAGUUUGACAAGGCCUGCAGAAGUUUCAAUAGUUCAUUUUUUUUACAGGCAGACCUCCGUGUUUUUCCCUGGGAUUAUUCACAUAACUAGAGACUUGCCUUGACCCAGACCGGUCCCUUAAAAUGCUGCUCACCAUCACUGUGGAAUAGAAGAGUACUUUGGACUAUUUUAUGCAGAGAAUUUAUAGAGUGUGCCCGAAAGAGAGAGCUUUGUGAGCACCUGGAGCAAUGGCACCUGCUGUUGGAGGUCCUGUGGGAUACACCCCUCCUGAAGGUGGCUGGGGUUGGGCUGUAGUAUUUGGUGCCUUCAUCUCUAUUGGUUUCUCUUACGCCUUCCCAAAGUCCAUCACUGUGUUCUUCAAGGAAAUUGAAGUGAUUUUCCACAUCACCAGCAGUCAAGUGUCCUGGAUCUCUUCCAUCAUGCUUGCAGUCAUGUAUGGAGGAGGUCCUGUCAGCAGUAUCCUGGUCAAUAAGUAUGGAAGUCGGCCUAUUAUGAUUUUAGGAGGUUGUCUCUCAGGAGCAGGGCUCAUCGCUGCUUCUUUUUGCAAUUCCGUGGAAGGCUUGUACUUCUGUGUCGGUGUAGUGGGAGGUCUGGGACUGGCAUUCAAUCUCAACCCAGCUCUCACAAUGAUCGGAAAAUAUUUCUACAAGAAGCGCCCAAUAGCUAAUGGCAUCGCUAUGGCUGGUAGCCCAGUCUUUUUGUCUACUCUGGCUCCCCUGAACACCUGGUUCUUCGACCAGUUCGGCUGGAGAGGGAGUUUCUUGAUCCUGGGUGGACUUUUGCUGAAUUGUUGUGUGGCUGGAUCACUGAUGAGGCCCAUUGGGCCAAAACCCCAACCCACUGUUAAAGCUGCUAACAGUAAUAGCGAAGCCAGAGAGCAAAAGAGUGUGAUAGAGACCAUCAAUGGUUUUAUCGAUCUGACACUCUUCAAGCAUCGUGGCUUCUUGCUUUACCUUCUGGGUAACGUGGUCAUGUUCUUUGGCCUCUUCUCUCCUCUUGUAUUCCUCAGUAAUUACGCCAAGAGUAAGGAAAUUCCCAAGGAGAAAGCUGCUUUCCUGCUCUCUAUCUUGGCCUUUGUAGAUAUGGUGGCACGACCUUCAAUGGGAAUAGUCGCCAACACGAAAUGGGUGAGACCGAGGGUGCAACAUUUCUUCGCCGCAUCCAUUCUCCUUAAUGGUGUGUGCCACCUGCUUGCCCCUCUGUCCACAGACUACACAGGGUUCGUGAUUUAUGCCAUCUUCUUUGGGUUUGCCUUCGGCUGGCUGAGCUCUGUGCUGUUUGAGACCCUCAUGGAUCUAGUGGGAUCUCAGCGUUUCUCCAGUGCUGUGGGACUGGUGACAAUUGUAGAAUGCGGGCCAGUGUUACUGGGGCCUCCUUUACUAGGGAAGUUCAAUGACAUCUACCACGACUACAAAUAUACAUACAUGGGCUGUGGAAUUGUUCUGCUGGUCGGCAGUUUGUUUCUGUUCAUCGGAAUGGGCAUCAACUACAGGCUACUAGAUAAAGAAGCAAAAGAAUCCAAGAGAGCCAAUCUGCAGGAGCUACCUGACAAAGAGGUUGUAGAGGCACUAAAAGUAGCUGAUGACAAUACUGCGGAGGAGGCUGUGUGACAAUAGCUGGUCCUGGUUUUAUCUUGGGUGAUUCUUACAUUUCUGCACUCUCUACAUCAAGGAUUUGAUUACAGACAUCCAUCUUGGACUAUUCAGAGGCAGCGAUGCAAACAUUUCAGCACCUUGGAUGUGCACAUGGUCAUGCAAUUGAUAUUUUUAGAAUUUAACUUUAGUGUAAAACAUACUGUGUAAAAGAACAGUGGCUAUUAUUUGGGGGCAGUUUAUGUAUGCUGAGAGUGAGAGAAAGAUUAAAUCACUGAAUAUAUGAAGAAUUAAUCUGCAAGACACGGAUGUUGACUUCUAACAAGACAGAUAUUGGAGUAAUGUGAAAGCAGCAGAUAUGCAAAUACUGUCUAUUGUUUAAUAUAUGCACAAAAUAAACACAUAGUUAUUGCAUUGUACCGCCAGUAUCCACGGACAGCGUCAGGGUCUGUUAUUUUGUGCAUUCUUGUGCAUGUGUGGCUAUGCGUGUAGUCUAGCAAUUUAGUGAUAAAAGAUUAUUUACUUGUUUGAAACUGUGUAAACACAAAAGCAAUUUGUGCAUAGCAUAAUGGAAAAUUCUUUAUUAAAUGCCAAAUAAGUUAAUAUCAGAGUCUGUUUAAAUGUUUUUAAUUUUUUCUGUUGCAAAAUGGUUCAAAUAAAAAGUAUUCUCAUUUUA